AUGGCAAGUGCUUUGCAUAUCGACAAACUAGAACAACCUCAACUAGCGAAACAUGAUUCAAGUGUACUCGAUCUGGCUUUUGCGAUGGAUUGUACGGGUUCAAUGGGUAGUUAUAUUGAAAGCGCGACGCAGAAUAUUCGCGCCAUUGUAGAAGAGAUUGUGACUAGUGAAAAAAGUGAUGUUCAUCUGGCACUGGUUGAAUAUCGUGAUCACCCUCCACAAGAUACAACAUUUGUGACGCGUGUACAUGAUUUUACGAGUAAAGUCAAAGAAAUGAAGGGUUGGCUCGAACAAUGCAAUGCACAGGGUGGUGGUGACACACCAGAGGCAGUGGCAGAUGCUCUUCAUGAUGUUUUGAAGUUAUCGUGGCGUCCUGAGGCAACAAAAAUUUGUGUACUUAUAUCAGAUGCCCCACCACAUGGACUCGAUCCUAGCUGUGGUGACGGCUUCCCCGAUGGAGAUCCUUCUGGUGUUGAUCCGGUGAAAACUGUACGAGAAAUGGCGGAAAAACAAAUUACUCUAUAUGUCGUUGGAGUUGAACCAUCUAUCGUCCCUUAUCGCGAUUUUUUUAUGUCUAUUGCUUAUAUCACUGGCGGUCAAUAUGUUCCUAUGGUCAAUGCAAAACUACUUGCACAAGUCAUCAUCGGCGGUGUACGAGAGGAAAUAUCCUUAGAAAGGUUAAUGCAAGAUGCUCAAGAGGAUAUUAAUCGCGAGAUGAAACAAGCAGAAGAAGAGGGUGCUGACGAACAGGAAAUAACUAAAAGAGUGAAUCGCCUUCUAUUGCAGAGAAAUGCUCGUGUCAAUCAAUUAGACAAUUUAGGUGGAGCAACAUCAGCAGUUGCCAGAGAAACCUAUUCAAAAUGUGCUGAUAUGAGAGAAUUACGAAAUCAAUAUAAGGUAGAAGCGCCACCAGAACCACCAGCCUUCCGUUCACGUCGAUCACGAGCAGCUUAUGUACGUGAACAUCGAGCCGAAGAUGAUGAUGAGUUCAGUCAUGGUAUCAUAGCAACAUCAUCAGCAACCGUAGUGCCAGAAGGUUCAGCCCCUCCAGGUGAAGUACCGCUAGCAUCGACCGCACCUACAAGUUAUGAUUUACGAGAAAACGAAGAAGUCAGUAUGGCACAAACAGAACGUAUUGUUCGACGCAUGCGUAAUAAAAAAGAUUAUGCAUAA